CCGGAAGCCGCGGCGCAGAUGGAAGCGUCCUGGGCUUUCGGGGCGGGAGGGCUUCCGGCCGCGGGGCUGGGGGGCCGGGCGGUGAACGCGCGGCUGGGGCCUCUGGGUGGCAGAGGGGCCGCGGGGCGGCCGGUGGUCGCGCGGGGUCCGGCGCCGGGUCCUCGGCCUCCCUCCCCGGGGACUGCCCUCCGACCUCUGCGUCCGACCGGGCUGGGCGCGGGGCGUCGUUCUCGAAGCGUCAGAGGCGUCUCGGCUCCUGGACGUGCGGAGGUCAGCCCAGCCUGGGCGUGGGCUGUCGUCGCCGGCUGCAGGAUGAACUGUCGCUCGGAGGUGCUGGAGGUGACGGUGGAGGGCCGGCAGGUGGAGGAGGCCAUGCUGGCCGUGCUGCACACGGUGCUGCUCCAUCGCAGCACGGGCAAGUUCCACUACAAGAAGGAGGGCACUUACUCCAUCGGCACCGUGGGCACCCAGGACGUCGACUGUGACUUCAUCGACUUCACCUACGUGCGCGUCUCCUCGGACGAGCUGGACCGGGCCCUGCGCAAGGUGGUUGGGGAGUUCAAGGAAGCGCUGCGCAACUCUGGCGGGGACGGGCUGGGGCAGAUAUCCCUGGAGUUCUACCAGAAGAAGAAGUCCCGCUGGCCUUUCUCGGACGAGUGCAUCCCGUGGGAGGUGUGGACGGUCAAGGUGCACGUGGUGGCGCUGGCCACGGAGCAGGAGCGGCAGAUCUGCCGCGAGAAGGUGGGCGAGAAGCUGUGCGAGAAGCUCAUCAACAUCGUGGAGGUGAUGAACCGGCACGAGUACCUGCCCAAGAUGCCCACGCAGUCGGAGGUGGACAAUGUGUUCGACACGGGCCUGCGGGACGUGCAGCCCUACCUCUACAAGAUCUCCUUCCAGAUCACUGAUGCGCUGGGCACCUCGGUCACCACCACCAUGCGCAGGCUCAUCAAGGACACUCUUGCCCUCUAGGCCGCCCUGGGGCCAGUGGAGCUGCUCGGGACUGGGCUGGGAGCCCCUGGGCUCUGGGACCUGUGUGCCCUCUCGAUGGGCAGUUGCCAGCCUCCGCUGCUGCCACGGCUGGUCCAGGCCUGCCUGCUGCCCUGGCCCCGCAGCCCGGGCAGGCCCCUCCACCUUCCCUGUGUGGAAGAGCACCGCGGCACUGGUAAAUAAAGUUGUGAGUGUGACUUUG